GCAGCGGCGGGAGCGGCCCCGCAGGCGACACUGCAGCAAUACAGACUUUGGCGUGUCCCUUGCAGCUUCCGAUUGAUCCCUGCCUAGAAGACAGUCAAUGGAAAGCUUGGAGCUGCUCCUUAUCUAUUUGGGCAAAGUGAGAGAAUAGUGAGCUUCAAGAAACUCAUAAGCACGUGAGAGAAGAUGACAAGAUCUAGAUCAAGAUCACCACGAUGGAAACCAAGGUCCUUAUCUCCAGCAUUUAGGAGUCCAGAGCAUCAUAGGCAAAGGCAUGCUCAUAUUAAUUAUGACUGUGAAUAUAAAAGCUUUCGUAAGGACCCAAAGAAGCCUAUGCCUUGGAGAACAGAAGAUGAAAAAUAUGGACAAAACAAUUCCAGGUUUGCACCUCAUGGAAAUAACCACCAGAGAAUAUAUGAACGUAGGUCACCUUCACCAAACCUGAAAAGAAUUCCCAUGGAAGAUGCUUACAGUCAUAAGCCCUACAGAACACAUUCAUCUGAAAGAACUGAAAGCAAUAGGAGAUGCCAGUUACCACCAAAAUACUCGGAAAUACCUUAUAAAGAGCAUGAUCGUCCAUUUUACCAACACAAAAUGGAGGACAGAUAUGUGUUUGAUCACUACAAAGUCACUGGAAACGAAAAAGGAAUGAAGCCUUUUCACAGACCAUUAGGGUCUUCAUGUAAACUUGAAAGAAAAUGGCAUGAAGAUGACUUGAGGCACCAGAGGUUACAUGAAGAGAAGUAUGGUCAGUCACCCAGAAGAGUUUCUGAUGAAUUUACGGCAAGGAGCUCUUUACAGAAGAGGUAUCCUGAAGAUCACGAUUACAGAGAAUAUGGGCACACGUCUAAAAGGGCUAAGGAAAUGGAGAGGUAUGACUGUGGAGACGUAGCAAGAAAUUCCAAGUGGAAGCAAGAACGUUCUUUUCCACCCUACCAAGAAAAGGAGGAGCAAAGAUACCCGGGUGCCCAGUCCCACCGGUCGGCUGAAAGGGAGUACGUGGGGGGUUCUGUCCCAAAGAUAGCCUAUGAGUACAAUCACAACCGGCGCAGGCAUCCGGAGGGGGAAAAGCCUUUUCCAGGCGAUAGAGCUCAGAAGUACGUGAAGCAGGAGGACCAGAAAUACAGUUCUUCUAAGGGUGCCCGGAAUAGCAAAGAGCCAGAGUACUUUAGUGGUGGAAGAGCGAGGCGGACUGAAGAAGGACACGUCGAAGUACCUGUUAAAUAUAGCUCAAAGAAGGGCUGUGAUGCUUGUGUUAACUCUUCCAAAAUGGAUGUUGAGCCAAGAUCUUUUAAAAACAAACCAAAUGAAAGAGUAAGGAAGGACGGGGAAUUAAGGAAAAACGUAGAUUCCUCCAAUAGCCAAUGUGAUUCGAGUCAUACUGUUUCAGAUGUGAAAGUGUCAGAUGUCAACUGUAUGAGGGAACAUCUCACAAUCAAAGUGGAUCUGAAGAAAACGGUGACCAAGUACAGGACUGCUUCCAGUCAUACUACAGAGAGACAGAUAUCCCAUGAUCUGGCUGCUGUUGGCAGAAAAAAUGAGAAUUUUCAUCCCGUGUUUGAGCACAUGGAAUCUGUAACACAAAAUGUUGAAAAGGACCCAUCAAAAGAAUUUACUCAGGAAAUAAUCACAAUUAUUCAUCAAGUUAAAGCAAAUUAUUUUGCAUCUUCUGACAUAACUCUACAUGAACGGUUCUCAAAAAUUCAGGAUAAACCAAGUACAAAUACGAAUGAAGUGAAAGUACAUUUGGAUCCAGAAAUUCACAGGAGAAUUGACAUGUCUCUAGCAGAACUUCAGAACAAACGAACUGUGCCAUCUGAAUCUCCCCAGAACAUUGUAAGAGUGUUAGAAGAUCCAAAUGAUCUACGGUAUGAUAUAGAAAGGAGAAGAAAAGAGAGAUUGAAGAAUGAAGAUGAGAGAGUCUUUCAUGUAGAUGGUGUAACUCCAAGGAACCAGCAAAGCUGCAGUCUUUCAAAGUUACAAACCUCUCAACUUGAUGGCUUCCAAAAGCCUAUGAGGUUCAUUAAGCCAGCUUUCAGGAAAUUUGUUGGGAGACCUCAUCUUAAUUCUUACUAUUCUUCAAAACCAAGUGAUACUUACCCUCACAGACGCAUUAGAGGACACCUUGAACAUGCAGGACCCAUCAGAAGGCACUUUAAGAGCAACUCUGCAGAUGGCCGUUUGCAAUCCCAUUAUAAAUCAGGCUUAGUACAGAAGGGUUUAUAUAUUCAGGCUAAGUACCAGCGGUUACGUUCUGUUGGUGUAAGGGGAUUUACCACUAAUAAAUUCAGAGAUGGAUUUUUGAGGAAAGAAAAGGGAAAUCUAAAUGUUGCAACAGAAACCUGAACUGAACUGUGAUCCUGAAGUUGAAACAGAUAACACAGCAAAGGGAGCAUCUGUUCGUUUUUUGACAACUCUGUCAAGACUUAAAAUAGGAUAAAGGAACUAACGCUGUAACUUUCUUGAUUAAAAAAUAACUUUAUUUUGAAUGCUGCAGAACUUUUUUACAGUUUUAAUAAUUGCUUUUAAAGUACAGUAUUCAACUGAAACAUCAUGGUGUGUACCUUUUAGUUCCUUUGGCAUACCAGUCUCAAGUAAGGAAGUCAUUGAAGGGAGUCUUAUUUAUUAAAUACUUUUUCUCUCAGCAUGUUGUUACAGAUGGAACUUGAGUUGUUAUACCCAGAAGUUUAUAUGUUGAAAGUUUAUUGCUUAUGUAAUAAUAAAAAGGAAAAAAAAAAGUGCCUGAAUUGUUUGGUAAUAGCACAUUAGCUCAGGAUUUUCCAAGUAAUGACCUUUUAGGUUGUGCAAUAGAUUUUACACCUCUGUUCAGCCAUUUCCAUAAAACAGUAUUUUGUAUUACUUUAGUUUAAUAAUAUACUUGGGUUUCUGAUAUGUAUGUACAUUUGUAAAUUGUUAGAAUGUUGGGACAACUUUUGGCAUUUGAUUAAAAUGAAUGGGAACGGGCAGGUAUGUAAAAUAAUGUAGCAGUAGCUUAUAACUGCACUGAAAGCAUGCUUGGGUUUGUUAGAGGGUUAGUUGGUCUGUACUCAAAAUUAUUCUGUCUCAUUAUGUUUUGGUGUAUGAGAUUCUUGACCGAGCCACAUUUCUCUAAUCUUUUUUUGUUAUAAAUGAUUUGGUGAUUUCCUGGAUUCUGAAAUUGGGGCCUGAAGUAUUUAAUUACAAGAAAAACAAAAAAUGUAAGUUGUUGAAAGCAUGUCUUUUAGCAAAGCUGUUCAUAAUUGAAACUGCUUUAAAUGCAGAUAGCUUGUAAUUUUGCCAGUGAUUCUCUGAAGUUUACCUUACUGCAAUAUUGUUGGGCUGAGCACAAAACUCAAAUAGCCAGACCUGUUUCAUAAGCAGCUAUAAACAAUAUUGUAUCUGUUUCCUGUUUAUAGCCUUUGCCUUAAUGCAUAAGCUGUGGUAGGGUUGUGUGUCUGUAUUACAGGUUUGUUUGGACUUUUUUCUGAUGGUAAGUUAAAGAUUCAUAAAAUGUAGUUUUAAGAGAUGUUCUUAAGAAGGAAAUUGUUCACAAUAUCCAUAAUAAAUGCAGGCUAAUGUAUUUCCAUAAUUUCAAAGGUGUGUUAGCUGUAUAGAAUGCAGGCUAGUCUCUGUUGUGGCUAGUAGAUCAGAAUUCAAAUAAUGGGUUAGAGGUAUGUUCAGGGGAAAGGAAACUUGUUUUUUGAGUGGAAAAUCAGGAUGUGAUUUCUGCAUGCUUUUUUUUGUAAUGAUUUUUUCCACAAUGCCUUCAGUAGACAGACUAUUUCAAAAUGUGGUUAUGGCUCAGAACAGCUAAAAUGGUGUCACGUAAGAUCUUCAGUUCAUGGGGUGCACUGCUUAGCGUUCAUAGGGAAUAAGGCAGGAAGUGUGCAACAUUCAUUGAUGUUAUGGUCAUUCAACAGUAACAGACGGUUUGUUUCUAAAAAACAGAUCUUCAGUUUAAAUAACAAUCAUAAAUGAUUUAACUAAUUUUUCAGUAACCUCACAUGCAUACACAAAAUGGGAAGUGAAAGGUAAGAAAUUCCGUGGCCGGAUAGAGGCAGGCAACUUUCUGCAGAUAAGAAAGUGGUUUUUUACUUAUCACUGUCAGUGAUGAAUCUGGCAGAAUCAUCCCGUGUAGAGUUACUGGGAGGUGAAAAUAAGGAAUUGAAACAACAGGUUGAGUCAACCCAAAGCAAAUGUGGAGUAGCUGCAGUUCUGAUGAGUCUGCUGGCAAGGGAGCACUGCACGUGCCCCACAAAUCUGGGCAGGUUUACCCUCAAGCCAACAAGCCUUUCACACAACUUUUGAUUGUGCACUGUGAAAGACGUAAGAAGUGAAACCAUAUAUGAUAAAGGACGAACUACUGAAGCUGUAUCAUCUUAUUCAACAGGAUACUACUGUGUCUGUAAGCUUCCUGCAGUGUUCUUACUAAAGCCUGGAAGUGAACUCAUUGUUGAGCAAAUGGGAAAAGUGGAUACAUGAAGAAACUUCUGACAUGGCAGUUUUGCUAACACUGCUUGGAAGUAAUGCUGAAGUAGUCAGACUUCAGUCAGUUAAUGCUGCUUUAACCAGUUUUAAACACGUGACUGACUCCUCUGAUUUUGUGCUUUCUUAUUUUAUCUAUGCAUGACUAGGUAACUCUAAUUUUGUUUUGUACUUUAACAGUUUAGCUUUCUGCUUUAUUUCUACAACUGUGACCAACAUAUUACAAAGAAGUUUGGGGGUUUUUUGACAUGUUUGCUGACUUUGAUUUCCCCCCCACCCCUCACCUACCCUUCCCCAUCUCAAGAUGAAUGUAAUGUGAAAUGUAGUUACUGUUUCAGUUGGUUUAGCUUUUAUGUAAGGUGUUACUAUUUGCUCAAAUCACAUUCUUGACUGAUAACUUCAGUAAUUUGGGAUUCUGUCAUGAUGAAACUUCCUAAAUUUUAUAAAAUGCGUACAGAAAUGUAUGAAUUUUAUAAAAAUUCAUGGCUUAGAUGCUGGAGGCAUCUACUCUAUAUCUAGUGUGAGACAUUGCUGUGUAGAUUUAUCUUUGUGAAUUACAGGGGCCUGUGUCUACAUACUUAUAGCCAAAUCAGAUUAUUUAUUCUUUUAGCACAGAAAAUUCUGUUGAACUGGAAAUACAGUGUUUGGUUGAGAGCAAUGUACUGAAGUUACUGAUUGGGUUGUGAAGACACAGGAAAAAAUGUUAAGUAGAAGAAAGGUCAAUUUACUUGAAUAACUUGGUGCCUUUCUGUAUUGUGACUGCAUUGUAGAAAACACCUGUACAAAGACUUAACUGAAAUCCUGAUCAUUGCAUUCUUUCUAAUGGGAGCAUGGACUGAUAACAGUUCUUGUUAAAAUAACUGUUUACUUUAAGUGUGUAAGCCUCAGUAGGAAAACAGUGGCUCUUUUAUUAGUAAAGUCACUGCAUUUGCAUUGGAAGGGCAAGUUGAAAAUGUGAUUGUCUUAAGAGCUUUCUAGUUUUCUGUUUUAUACUUUGAAAAUACAAAUGUGAAUUGCCUUUGUUUAGCUUGAAAUGGCUGUUAAAUGCUCAUGUCAUUCUCAGUUGUUCACAUGUGAAAUUGUUUUUUUUAAUUGCUAUCCAAAAUGCAAUGGGUUUAAUAUGACUAGAGUCUUCCUACUAAAUGUCUGAAAUACUGAGUGGCUAUGAUGUUAGCAAUUACAUUGCUGAUCCAUUUAAUCUCUGCAUAAGUUGGUUAGAAUUGUUACUUUAAACUUUGUGAUGAUUGGGUUCACAAGGUUCACAAAAUUCUGGGUCUAGUAAGAAACAACACAUUGCAAGGCUUCUACAAGCCUGCCUUAACUCUAAUAAUUACUUACAUGUUUAAAAUUGUUUUACCUGAUGGAUUUAGAUGGUCUUGAGACCUGAGCAUAAUUGUCUCAACUCAGGUAACUGAUAGAGGUUGGGAAGAAAUUCAGCUGAUCGAUCGCCUGUUGUGUAAGUUUUUACCUGCUGCCUUCUUCCCUAGGGCCUCAGGGUGAAAUGCUGAGUUUUGUUUAAAUGAACUUGGUUGCUUUAAAGACAGAAAAAAAUCCCAAGAUAACACUGUUGUGGCAUUAAAAAAGGCAGUUCUCAAAACUUUCUUGUUAUGCAUCGGAAGGUCAUUUUCUGCCAUGUCUUGGCAGUGGAUAGUUAGAAUUGCUUGGAGAAGAUGAUAAAAAUCAUAACAGAGACUGAUUUCUCAGUAUUUACCUUAGAUUGUAAAUGGAGGGUGUUCUUUAAUUUCUUUGCUUUCUGAAAGAAAAGCUUUUCCCAUGCUGCGUUAGAAACAUCCCUCUUGCCUUUCUUUAAGCAUCUGAACAGCAAUCUACAAUGUUCUUCAUGGGAGAGCCCUCUUAAAAGACUUCAGACUUGCAUCCUAAUGAAUCUGGGGG